AUUGGCCGACUGAGUGUUCCAGCGUGCAUUCUCGGCUUGCUACCGGUGUGCAAUCCAUCGACUGGUCUCUACUCGGGUGCUUGCCCUAUGGAAAGCGCUUUCUUAAACGAUAUCAACCGUGAACAAGGAUAUGAAGGAAAGCACAUAUUUUCGAUUUAUAGCAAGACCGAUCAGUGGGUUGGAUAUAGCGUCUGUUAUAGGAUAACCACACAAGUGCCGGGACAGCAUGGUGAAAAAGUUUAUGAAAACAAGAGUCACGAUCAAACAUUCCAGGACUCCUAUGAAGUUCAGCGACAAAUGGUACUCAGUCAUAAUGUAGUAUAA